GGGGCGCCGUCUUUAAGAAUGUGGGCUGUGAUUUAAGGCAGUGGACUGAGGCAGCGACGAGGCGCUAAUGUGAAGUCUCACCAGUGUUUCCGACGAUGACGACUUUGACACUUUCACCACGGAGUUGCUGCGAGCUUUGAGAGUGACAUGACUGACAGAAGCGGCAGGGAGAUCUUUUUUGCGCAUCUGGAGGUAAAUAACCUGCUUCCAGAGCUUUAAAUUGUGAUUUAAGAGAAGAAAAAAAAGGCUCACCCCUAUAUGUGAAUAGAUUUUUUUUUCCCCCCCCUCUACCCUGCUCAUCCCCUCCUCAGUCAGUCAACGGAUUUUUGCCAUUACAGCUCAGUAGAGGGUGUCAGAUCUUUCUCAGAGCACCGCGCUGGGAUGAACACAGUCUCCGCGUUCCUCUUUUUGUGAUUCCACAAAAAAAAAAAAGGAAAAAAGAAUCAAGCAGGAGGAGGUGGCGGUGGUGGGGAGGGAGCAAGAGCAAGAGAGAAACGGCGCAAAAGGAGCGAGAGGAAGGAGCGCCGGAGAAUGUGAGGGGGGAUGCGGGUGUUUUGCAGCGGUUGCAUCGCCUCCACAGCCUCAGCAGCAGCAGCAGCAGCAGCAGCACAGGGUGUGAAUUCAGCACCAGGGGAGAGGGAACAGCUCCCGACGCCGCAGCACGACCGGAGCAGAGAGAGAGAGUGAGAGAGAGAGCGAGAGAAGAGAGAGAGAGAGAGAGAGGGAGAAAAAGGCACGGAUUUGUUCGUUUUUCUUUUCUCCCCAGCCAAGGUCAGUCUUAACGAACUGAAAAAAGCCAAAAGAUGUGUCGGACUCCGCUGCCGCUGCUCGCUGUUUUUGAUUUUUAUCAUAAACGCGCGGAGGCUCCGAGGAUUCAGUGGAUGUGAAAGAGACGUUUAUGUGGUCAUUUUCCUUUCCACACUGGAAGUCUGGACACGCGCAGGUUAGAUGCAGCAUGGAUGUGUGAUCAUAAUAACAAUAAAAAGAGAGCGAGACUGCCGUAUCUCCUCCAGAAAAUGUCUACAUCUGCUGCCUUUUUUCUCCCCGUUGACUGACUUCUGAGCUCGUAUAUAUGUCUUGAAACCGGUAAUGAAUUGUUCACGUUGAAAAAUGCUGCUUUGGAUUGUUCUGCUGAAUGCGGCUCUUUGUGUUGCCAGUGGAAAUGUUACAAGGGACGUUUGUAAGGAGCAGAUAUGCUCCUGCAACGAGAUAGAGGGAGAUAUGCACAUAGACUGCGAAAAAAGGAGCUUCACCACUCUGCAGCAUCUCACUGGCCCCAGUUCGCAUUUCUAUCACUUGCUGCUGCACGGGAAUUCUCUGUCCAGGCUGUUUCCCAACGAGUUUGCCAACUUUUACAACGCUGUGAGCCUGCAUUUAGAGAACAACGGCUUGCACGACAUCGUCCCUGGCGCUUUUCUGGGGCUGCAGCUGGUGAAGAGACUGCACAUCAAUAACAAUAAGAUAAGAUCAUUCAGGAAGAGUACAUUUCUGGGGUUGGACGACUUGGAAUAUCUCCAAGCUGAUUUCAAUUUAUUGAGGGAUAUUGACCCCGCAGUUUUCAGGGACCUAAAUAAACUUGAAGUGUUGAUACUUAACGACAACCUCAUCAGCGCGAUACCUAUAAAUGUGUUCCAACAUGUGCCCAUUACGCAUCUGGACCUGCGGGGGAACCGAAUCAAAACGUUGCCUUAUGAGGGGAUCCUUGAGCAGAUACCGGGCAUUGCGGAGGUUUUGUUGGAAGACAACCCGUGGGACUGUAACUGCGACCUGGUUUCUCUGAAGGAAUGGCUGGAGAACAUACCGCAUAACGCGCUGAUUGGGAGGGUGAUAUGCGAGGCUCCCACCAGGCUGCAAGGGAGCGACUUGAACGAGACGUCAGAGGAGGACCUGUGUCCUUCACAGAGCGGUGGCGUGGACGCCAGCCUCGUAGCCCCUCCCACCCAGGAGGAGACCUCGGCUCCUGCAGCCCCGCGUCCCACGCCUAACAAGCCCGGCAGUGACGCCAGCGGGCCCCCGACGCCCGUCGGCCACGGGCCCAAGAGCCGCUCCAAAUCUCGUGAGAAUUGGCAACUGAAGACUAGGCCCACUCCACUGGCGACAGGUGCGAAUGGUGACAGGGAGCAGCUGCACAACAUGACGUGUCCCCCGCCGUGCAGCUGCAAGCUGGUGGGCUCCAGGCAAGGGCUGGGGGUCAACUGCGAGGGGAAGAAGAUCGAGAGCCUGUCCAACCUGAAGCCAAAGCCUCUGGCUGCGCACGAGCUGAAUAUGAGAGACAACAACAUCCACGCAGUGAAAAGGAACCAUCUGCUCGGCUACUCAAGCCUCAACCUGCUCGAUUUAGGAGGAAACAACAUCAAGGUGAUUGACAAUGGCACUUUUCAGAACCAGAGUGAGCUCAGGUGGCUGUACAUGGAUAAGAACUACUUGGAUACGCUGAUAGCAGAGAUGUUCGUGGGCCUCGUGAAUCUGGAAUAUCUCAGUUUGGAAUACAACGACAUCCAGCUCAUAGUGGCAGGCGCGUUCAGCCCCAUGCCAAACCUGAGGGUUCUGUUCCUCAAUAACAACCUGCUGAAAUCUUUACCUGUGGAUGCUUUCCUUGGGAUUUCUUUGUCCAAAAUCAGCCUGCAUAACAAUUACUUCCCCUAUCUCCCCGUGGCUGGUGUCUUAGACCAGCUCAAUUCAAUCAUACAGAUAGAUUUGCACGGGAACCCGUGGGAUUGCUCGUGCAACAUAGUGCCCUUCAAGCAGUGGACGGAGAAACUCGGGGCUGACGUGAUCGUGAGCGACCUCAAGUGCGAGUCCCCCGAAGAGUUCUGGAAGCGGGACUUCCGCUACGUGCGGAACGACCUCAUGUGUCCCAAACUCUACGACAAAAUCUCUCCCACCUCGCUGUCCAAAAACAGCACUUUCACGCUGGACUCGGGGACGCGCUCAAACUCUUACUUGGAGCCCAACAGGGUCUCUAUCUCGGUGCUCGUCCCCGGGCUGCUGCUGGUGUUCGUCACGUCCGCAUUCACUGUCGUGGGGAUGCUUGUGUUUAUUUUGCGGAACCGUAAGAGGUCAAAGCGGAGGGAGGGGAACUCGUCCGCCUCGGAGAUCAAUUCCUUGCAGACGGUGUGCGACUCGUCGUACUGGCACAGUGGGCCUUAUCACGCAGACGCGGGCGCCCACCGGGGCUUCGACUGCAGCACGCACCUCUCUACGGCAAACGAUGCGUAAAAGAGCGAGGGAGGACUCAUGGCACUGGAUUACAAACAGUCACAUGCACAUAUGCGGGACGGACUGAUAACAAAUGACUAAAAGAGCAGGAAUCAGGCGCCUCUGUGCGUCACAGGGGGAAUUCACAGACUUGUUUGUGUCUUGUUUUCUCCAGCUGAGGCAAGUAAGUCAGUCUGCUGCUGCACAGGCCCGACUCUCUGUAAUAUAUGUAUAUGCCCAAGCGCGCCCCCUCCUCCUCCUCCUCCUCCUUGGCUAAAAAACCCUCUUUCCCUCCCUCCCUCCUCCCAGUUCUGCUAUUUGCCGCAAUCGGACUACAUGGAUCAGAGUGAGAUGGAAAAGUGGGAGGAAAAGAAAAGGAAGAGGGCGUGCGUGCGUGCGCGUGUGUGUGCGUGUGAGAGAAUAAGGGAGGUAAAGAGAGAGCGAGGACGCGGGGAAUGGUGCACGAACGCAUGAAUGUAAAUGUAAAUACUUGGACUGAUGUAUCAUAAUCUGCAUGAUGAUAUUUCGCAUGGUUUCACACACACACACACACACACACACACACAGGGAGAAAGAGAGACAGACAAGCAGGAACCAUAACCACCUUCAAAGAAGCAAACUCGACCCUUUCAUGUUAAAUCAAUAUGACUACUGUAUAUAGAUAUUAUAAGAACUAUGUAUGAAUAUUACAAAGUGCCAUUUCUCUAUUUUUUGUGAACCUGCAGUUAGGAUUUGUAUUUGUUGUUUUAAACUUGUUUGGAGACAAAAAAAAAGAAGAAGAUAUCAAUAACUGAUGACGAUGACUAUCUGGAAAGGAGGGAUGGAGAGUGACGCUGUCAGUGCAUGUUAUUUUCUGUUUGUUAUCAUUUGAUUGUCGAUAAAUAUUGGGAUUAUUUAUACGGUACUAGAUGGUGCAGAUUAAAAAGCCCAUGGUCUGCA